AAAAAAACAAAUAUUUACAACACUUCAGAAAAAAGUAUGGCCAAGAUUAGAUCACUAGAUGUUGUUGGUACCAUCGCAAUAAUUUUGUUGUUGGUCAUUGCAGAACAAGCGAACGCAAUCACCGUUGACGCUGAUUGUAUUGGACCGUGCACUAGCAAUUGUCAACAGCUUUGCAUAUCGAAAGGUUAUAAAGAUUGGACUUGUGCAUCUUUUAGAACCAAAGCGAGUUGUUGCUGCAAACCACGAAAGAAUCAAAUCUUUGAACAGACUGCUCUAUUGAACAACUAAACCGUUUUUAGUAUCGUAUUGUAUGUAUGGUCACUAAAUAAGAAUCUCACAAAUAUAAACAAAAAAUAAAUCGAUAUCUCUUUUCUUCUUUUCACUUAUCAUGGUGCAUGAAAAAGUGU